AUGAUCAAAAUCCUUGAUUGCAUCAAUCAAAAUGAAAGCUCUGCCUUGAUUGACUAAAGCCUGACUGCUAAAUCAGUAUAAGUCGCCCGCAAAAGUGUGCUAGAAAAGUUUACUAGUCUAUUCAGAUCAAAUAAGUAAAGGGAAGAAUUAUAUAUGGAGUACAAUGAUUUACAGGAUUAUUUAGAACCAACACUAGAAUUUGAAUACGAAGAUCGUCCUCCUUUUUCAUCGUUGAAACCGAAACAAAAGAAAAUGUAUGUUUUACAUAUGUGGAAGUUAGCUUAUAUCAAGGCGGAAGCUAUUGCAAGAUUUUUGAGAGUUUAACAAUAUGUGAGGACUAAAAUAGAUCUGUUUGGUUUAUAAGUUAAUAAAGAUGGAAAGUAAAAAAGAAAGAAUGAAAAUAAUUUAGAUAAAGAUGACAAAGAGCUGAUUGCUGAGGAACAAGAGCUCUCAAUAUUCAUCAUUUUACCAAACAGCUUCUUUAAUAUUUGCUGGUGCUUGACCAUGCUUUUCUUCCAAGUUUAUGUAUCUGUGUAUAUGCCUUACAACAUUUGCUUCAAUGAUGAAGUAUUGUCUGGAGGCAAUCUAGUAUCAGAAUAUUUCGUAGAUUUGUUAUUCGCUUUCGACAUUUUAGUGAAUUUCUAUGUGCUUAGUGCUUUACCAUCAUAACUCAUGGAAAUAGGUUUUAAUGAUUCUGGUGAUGUAACCUCAUUUAACAGAGAAACUACAAUAAAAAUGCUUGCAAAAAUGUAUAAGUUAGUGAGGCUGGGAAAAUUAAGGUUUAUUUUGAAAAUAUUUAGAAAAAUAAGGCUAGUCUAAGUAAUCAAAGCCAAAUUAAAGCUGAGUGCUGCAUUUUUUAGAAUGCUUUUUACACUAUUGAUUGCAUGCUUGUCAAUUCACUUAGUUUCAUGUCUUUGGUUCCUAGCGGCGAAAUACAAAAACUUUAGUCCUGAAACUUGGGUAGUCAGGCUAGGUCUAUAAGAUAAUACAAGAAGUUAACUCUAUUUAGAAUGUUUAUAUUGGUCACUGCAAACAGUUGCAACAGUUGGAUAUGGUAAUUUUGGAGCAGUAACUAUCCCUGAACUUCUAUUAUGUCUCAUUUGGAUGGUUUUUGGUGUAGGUUUCUACUCAUUUAUCAUUGGUAACCUUUCACUGAUUAUUGCCAACGGAAACACUAAUUCAGAAAAUUUAAAUAGCAAGCUAAAGUCUAUAGAUGAAUUUUCUAAAAAGACUAAUAUGCCUGAAGAUUUAGCAUUCAAGAUCAAAACCUACAUCGAAAAAAAUUUCGAUGAGCUAUAUGGACAAUAAGAUGAGAGUAUUUUCUUACCUGAGUUGCCUAACACUUUGAAGGAAGAGAUUUUCAACUACAGAUACAGUGAUUUAAUCCAGUCAUUUGAGUUCUUGAGAAAUUGUGAAGAUAGGAGAUUCGUCAAGGAAUGCAUCUAAGUAAUGAAAAAGAUAAAGGUUGAUAAAGAUGAUGUAAUAUAUGGCGAUGGAGAUCUUUCUGAAGAAACUUAUUUUAUUAAAAGAGGAUAGGUGAAAGUAUAUGACACUUCUGGUGUGCCUUUUAUUGAUUAUGGAGAAGGAUAGGAGUUUGGUGAUAUAGAGGUUGUAUUGUCUAUUCCUAGAGAAGGAAAAGCUGUAGCUCUAGUAGAUUGCAUUUUUUACCUUCUUCACAAGGACGAUCUUCUGUAAAUAAUUGAACAAAAUACUAGGAUGAGGCAUAUAUUAUUUUAGGAAGCUUAACUAAAAAAAUAAGAAUAUGAUAAGAAAAGAGAAUAAGUUAGAUAAAUAUAACCAAUUUUUGGAAGGAAAAUAGUUUCAAUUGUAAAGAAUCAGUUCUUGGAUCAGUCUAAAAUCAGCAAAUUUGGAAUGUCAGUGAAGAAUAAACUUAAGAAAAAAUAAGAUUAGCCAGAUAGUAAAUUAGAAACUUAAAGAAAUGAAGGUUCAAGGCGUGGAUCAAUAAACUCAAAGAAUUCUUAUAAUAGCAAAAGCAGAAAAGCAACCAAAUUUUUCACAAUAAGAGGGUAGACUUAAAAUGAAAUCAAAGAAAAUGAUUCUGAAUUAGAUGAAAGAUGCGGUAGUAAAAAAAAUAAUCCAUUAUCAACAACUAACUUGAACAAUGAAUACUUUGAAUUCGCAGAUUUUGAGAAUGGAUUUAUGAAAGCUGUAUAAAAAAAUCAUAAGAAAAUUAGAGAGCAGAACACGAGUAAGAUGGAUAAAGACCCAGAAUUUACCAAAAGCGUUGCUGAUUUAUUAUAAAGUGAUAUAUCUCAUUUGGACUCACAAGUAACAUCUAGGCCUAAUCUUAGCCAAAAUAUAAUCAAGAUUGAAGAUCUUAAGAAAUAGUAUGAAUCGAAAAAUAAGGUAUCUACAAGGUAAUCAUAUGAUAGGCAAACUUAACUGUUUGCAGAGAAAAUUUAAUCACACGAAGAUCCUCAAAUUCUAUAAUUAAUGGGGGACGAUUUAGCCGAAGAAGGGCUGGAAAAUUUGGCUAGAUUUAACUAAGAUAUGAGUAUGAUUGCAAGAAACGUAUUUGAAGUCUAUAAUUUAUUUGAUGCACUUGGAGCGGAUUAACAAAAUGCUUUCAGAAGAAUAUAGCAACUAGAAGAAAAAACUAUAGCUCUAGAAGAGCUGCAAACUGAAAAUGCUUAAAUAAUCGAGUAAAUAAUAUAAUUGCAAGACUAAAUCUAGCCAUGA